AUGGGGCGAACAGCCAACCAUGCGGUCGUCAUGGCGCAAUUGAUUAUCGAUGGCAAGCCCUACGGACCACAUCCAUUCGUCGUUCAGAUAAGAGACAUGAAAACACAUGAGCCAUUGGAGAACAUACACGUUGGUGACAUUGGGCCUAAAUUCGGAUACAAUACGAUGGACAAUGGCUUUCUGUUGUUGAACAAUGUCAAAGUCCCGCAUGCUCACAUGCUCGCGAAAUUCUCAAGCGUGGACCCCAAGACAAACAAAUACGUGAAACCUGCAUCAGCUUCCCUAGUCUACGGCACCUUGACUUGGGUUCGAAGCACUAUAGUACUCCAAUCCGGUGGAGUACUUGCUCGUGGAGUCACGAUAGCAACCAGAUAUGCGGCUGUCAGACGGCAAUUCCAGGACCGAGAUGCUAAAGAGUCUGAUAUUGGCGAAAACCAAGUACUCAACUACACAAUGGUCCAGGUUCGACUUCUACCCCUUCUUGCUGCCACGUUCGCAUUGCAUUUUACUGGUCGUGGAAUGAUGGCUCUCUACCAAGAAAACCAGAAGAAAAUGGCCGGCGAUGUAGGGAAGGUGUCGCAUACUGGUCGAGGGCCUAGUCCCGAAGAAUUGUUCCCUUCUACGGACUUGCUUGCAGAUCUACAUGCAACGUCAUGCGGCUUGAAAGCCUUAGCAAGUACAACAGCGGCUGAGGGUCUCGAAGUCUGCAGAAGAGCCUGUGGGGGCCACGGCUAUUCCAGCUUUAGUGGUAUAGGUACAUGGUAUGCUGAUUAUCUCCCAACGACGACAUGGGAGGGAGACAACUAUAUGUUGACGCAACAAGUGGCGAGGUAUCUGUUAAAAUCGGCACGUUCUGUCCUCAAAGGCGCGAACCCGUCAGAGAACGAUACUACUCAGAUAUUGCGCACGUUCCUAUCGAGACGCGACCUGGGCGCUGCAUUCGAUAUUCUUGGACAGGACGAAGACAUCGUUGCAGCCUUCGCUUGGCGAACUUCAUUUCUCACCUUCGAAGCGCUCAAGCACCGCGAUGAAGAGAAAAACAGCUGGAAUAGCUUGCUCGUCGACUUUUGGCGUCUCAGUACGGCUCACUCACAAUACUUGAUCGUCAGAAAUUUCCAUGAGGCGUUGCAGUCCGAGUCUAUGGUGUCUGAGCUGGGCCUUGAGACAACUGCCCUUAUGCAGAAGCUCUUCCGUCUUUACGCUUUACACACUCUAGAGCGAGAGGCUUCAGAGUUCUUCUCCUCAGGCGCCGUUACAGUAAGACAGAUUCAGCUGGCAAGAACGAAGACAGUCAUGAAACUGCUUGAAGAGAUCAGACCGCAUGCUAUACGGCUCGUAGACGCAUGGCAUUUUCCGGAUUGGGUUCUCGACAGCAGUUUAGGGAGGUACGAUGGGAAGGUCUACGAGGAUCUGUUUGAGAGAGCGAGCGAAAUGAAUCCUUUGAAUGCUUUGACGAUUGAUCCGUACCCAAAUAGUGAGGUUCUGAUUAAGAAGGACGAGAGAGAAAAGUUCAGGAGUAAGCUUUGA